AUGCCUUACAUCAAGCAGAUCGUGGCCGUUCGCCGCAGCCCAGGUCUAACCAGACAAGAAUUUUUCGACUAUCACUUCCAAGUCCAUGGCAGGAUUAGUACAGGCCCAUCCCCAGCAGAGAAUCCUUCAAAGUACUUUCAAAUUCAUAUUGAAGAUGCAGCGUACCAUCAGCAAGAUCCAAGCCGCGGGCCGAACGCCAAUCCCGCGUGGGCCUUUUCUGACGACAUUACCGAGCUUUACUUUGAAUCAGCGGAUCACAUCGAUCGCGUCUUCAAGUCACCCUGGGUUAAAGAAAAGGUAGGGCCGGAUGGUGCCAAAUUCUCGGAUUUUGGUGCGUCAUUGCCUGUCACAGUCCAGGAAACACUCGUCCCACUUCAAGAGGGCGUUUUGUCUGAAGAUUUCGACUCUCCUGUGAGUUCGCCGGUAGCCAUGUAUUUCAUAACUACGAAAAACGGCGGCGUCGACGGUUUGGUGUCUGGAUUCGCCACGGACCUUCCCUUCGAUGCGAGUGCCCACUUCGGAAGUGUCCCUGGACGACCUGUUUUUGAUCUUGUCUUUUCAAUCCAUCUUGGUGGUAAAGAAGGUGUGCAGGACUUGAGAAAAGCGCAAAGCCAUUUUGAGGAAGCGUAUGCUUCACAGAUCAAUCUUGAGAAUACUUGGAUUGCGUUUGGCCAACGCGCGCUGGUGUUUGAUCAGGAUAAGGAUAUCAAGUUUGACCCUGCUCGUCAUCUCCGUUUAUAA